UUUUUUCACAGUUACUCUUCAACUGUAAACCCUAGAAUUUACUCCACAUUUCCCCCCAAAAAUGGGCGGCAAGAAAAAGCACAAGCAAACUUUCCGGCCACCACCGCCACCCAAGCGCGUCUGGGUAGUCAAACGCCGAAACUGGCUGGAAAUCCCGGACGACGUCACGGCGGCGAUACUGACACGUGUCGGCGCGAUCGGGAUGCUGGAGAGCGCUCAGAAGGUGUGCACGAAAUGGCGCAGAAUCUGCAAGGACCCCCUCAUGUGGCGCCAAAUCGAUAUGCGAAACGACGGCACGCAGCACGAGAUGGAGGACCUGGAGAAUAUGUGCCGCCACGCCGUUGGUCGGAGUGCCGGGAAAUUGGUCGGCAUCACCGUCGAGCACUUCGGCACCGAUGAUCUGCUUAAGUACAUCACUGACAGUUCAAGUGGCAUCAGACACCUCCGACUGUUGUCUUGCGAGGAGGAAAUAACAACUCAGGGAUUGGCGAAAGUGGCUUCCAAACUUCCUCUUUUGGAGGAACUUGAGAUUACAUUGUGCUUUAAUAUCUCACAUGAAGCUCUAGAUGUGGUUGGGCGCUCUUGCCCUCUUUUGAAAUCAUUCAAGUUGAACAAAGAGUGGUGCACAUAUUCAGAUAUGGAGGAUUGGUUUGAGGAUGAUGCACCUUCACAAGUUGAAGACGAUGUAGAUGCGCUGGCUAUAGCAAGAUCUAUGCAUGGUUUACACCACCUCCAGCUUUACGGGAAUAAGCUUACAGAUGAUGGCUUGAGAAAAAUUCUUGAUUGUUGUCCUCAUCUUGAGUCACUUGAUCUGCGCCGUUGUUUCAAUCUUAAUAUGGGUGGAGAUUUGGAAAUAAGACUUGAACAAAUUAAAAAAUUGUGGCUUCCUCAUGAUUCCACCAAGGGAAAAGGCUUUGCCGCUGAUUCUGACCAUUUCUGCUUUAAAUGGACGGAACUCCCAGAUGAUGUUACCUUGUCAAUCCUGUCACGGGUUGGAGCAAUUGAUAUCUUAGUGAAUGCUCAGAAGGUUUGCAUGAAGUGGCGCAGAAUCUGCAAGGACCCUGUCAUGUGGCGCACCAUUGACAUGCGAAAUCGUGGUUAUGAGGUGUAUGACUUGGGCAAGAUGUGUCGCCAUGCAAUCGAUCGUAGCUGUGGUAAUUUGGAUGAUAUCAGUAUUGACCAUUUUGGCACCAAUCGGCUCCUCAAGUACAUCACUGACAGUUCAAGCAGAAUCAAACGCCUCCGACUAGCACUUUGCAAGAGAAUAUCAGAUCAAGGAGUGAUUGAAGUGGCCAUGAAACUUCCGCUUCUGGAGGACCUUGAAAUUUCAUUAUGCCGACUCUCACGCAAAUCCCUAGAAGUAGUUGGUCGCUCUUGCCCUCUUUUGAAAUCUUUUAAAUUGAACCGGCGAACAGAUGAUGAUUAUGAUGCGUCCAUUGCUUUUACAAAGAAAAAUGAUGAAGCUCUUGCUAUUGCAAGAACAAUGCAUGGUUUACACCACCUUCAGCUUUUUGGGAACGAGUUGACUAAUGAGGGCUUGAAGGAAAUUCUUGAUGGUUGUCCUCAUCUUGAGUCACUCGACUUGCGAUGUUGUGAGAACCUUAAUCUGAAGGGUCCUUUGGGAAUAAGAUGUUCUGAGCAGAUUAAAAAAUUGUGGCUUCCUCGUGAUUCUAUUGCUGACUAUGACUUCCGUUUUACUGUUUGUGGUUAUGGAUCCCCACGUAAGUUUACUGUAUCUGACCUAAUUGGAUUUCCCAGAAUUGAUAAUGAUUAUGACGAAUACGGCUAUGGUAAUUAUGGUGGAUGGUGCUCCGAUGAUAGUGAUUGGUAUGAUGAUUUCACUAAACCUCCAUUAGAAGAGCUUCUUGGACUUGAUGAGGAAGAUCUUGAAUUUUUUGGACUUGGGAAGGGACGUAGAAGGGAUUACCUGGAAGAUUUUUAUGAUUUUGAAGAUUAUGGAGAUUAUGAAAGUGAUGAUGAGAUGUUCUAUUAGCAGGCUGAAGUCCAGGAUCAAAAAGCUUCAAGCAUCCAAGUGACUUUUAAUUUCUCCACAUAAGGCGUUGGUAGUUAUAGUUCCUCCUUGGGAAGCAGAGCUAUUACUGGAAACCCCUUCCUUUGCAGCAUGGCCUUUAUCAAACAUAUGAAGUAUCUAUGUUUCAUCAUGCAAGGUUGACUACGUACUUUAAGCUUUUUUAGGGACUUUCUACUUAUCUUCGUUAUGCACAUGUACAUGUGCUUUUGCUUUGUGAUAUUCUCGUGACUAUUUAUGCUUUUACUAGCAGUGGGUACUGUUGAUCUAAGUGUUGUUGUAGAUGAAGUUGUCGGGAUCUUCGUUACAAGGCUUUGAUAAAAUCUUCAGACUUUUAUCGUGUUUUUCACAGUUUAUUGUCUGAAACAAUACCCUUUUUCACAAGGCUUUAGUUAU